AAGGAACGGCGCUGUGCGUAUAGUUUCCCGAUAAGCCCGGUUGUUUGCUCGAAAGGGUAUCAUAAAACCUUCAACUCUUCUUCAUCUUCAUCUUCUUUAAACUCGUUCAAGCAACUCACUUCUCAACUCACUUAACUCACUUCUUAACUCACUUUUCCACUCCCAUUUCUUUACUUUUCUUGUUUUUUUUUCUUCCAUUCUCAACCCUAACGGUUGAGUGAGACUGAGGCUGAGGCUGUAGGCUGCAAAUUUCAAAAAAAGCUUAAAGAAAAGAGAAGCUGAGUUUUUUUGGUUAAUUUUUGGGGUUUUGGGCUCAUUUUCUGACUUAAGAGAGUGAUAUUUCGAAUCGAAAAGAUAAAGUCUUUUUUUUUUUUCAUCAGUAACUCAGUUAAAGUACUGUCUGAAUUAUCAUCAUCAAUACAUAGGACACAGUUAACCCCACCUUCAACACAGCAACCCCACCAUUUAGAGUUCAUUAGUUCUCUCUCAACAAUUUAAGGUGGAGAUUUUGAGGGUUUGUUUUGACAAAAGGAAUGAAAGUGGUGGUAUGGAGGUGGAUGAGAUUCAGGCACAACCACCACCUUGUAAGUUCUCUAGAGUUAGCAUCAAUGGAGGAGCUGACUCUACCAAAAUAGGCCAAAGACGUAGCACAGAUACUAACCACCAAUACCCUGAUGAAGAAGAACAUGUAGAGCUCAACAAAAGACCUAAUCUUGGUGGUACUAAUGCCGCCGGAGGCGGCGGCGGGGAUGGUGGUAGUGCUAACAAGCUUCGUGGGUGGCACCAUUCUUCCAGGAUAAUCAGGGUUGCUAGAGCCUCCGGUGGAAAAGAUAGGCACAGCAAGGUGUGGACUUCAAAGGGUCUCAGGGACAGGAGAGUGAGGCUAUCAGUAACCACAGCUAUACAAUUCUAUGAUCUGCAAGAUCGGUUGGGUUAUGAUCAGCCUAGUAAAGCUGUGGAGUGGCUGAUUAAAGCUGCUGCUGAUGCUAUAAAUGAGCUGCCUUCACUUAAUGGUUCGUUUCCUGAUACACCAAAGCAGUUGAGUGAUGAGAAGAGGAAUAGUGAGCAAGGGUUUGAUUCAGCUGAUGUUGAGCUUGAAGAUCCGAGCUUGAACCAGAAUAAUCAGAAUCAGAGUCAGCAUUUGUCUUUGUCUAAAUCUGCUUGUAGUAGUACUUCUGAUACAAGUAAAGGUUCAGGAUUGUCACUGUUAAGAUCUGAUGUGAAGGUUAAUCGUGUUAAGGCUCGAGAGAGAGCUAGAGAGAGAGCUGCUAAAGAUAAGGAGAAGGAGAGUGAGAAUGUUCAUCAGCAUCAUCAGCAUAAUAUGAAUCAUCCUAUUUCUGAAAACUCUACUUUUACUGAGCUUUUGACUGGUGGGAUUAGUAGUGUGAGUAACAACAAUAACAAUGCUGCUGCUACUGGUGCUUCUACUAGUCCUUCUGGCUCUGAGGUUAACUUGUUUCAUCACAAGGCGGCCGCUGCGGCGAGGCAGUGGCCGUGGAUUCCGAUGGAUUAUUUCGGUGGGACGGGGCUGUUAGGCCCGUCGUCGUCGGGGAGGGCAACUCAUCAAUCCUUUUCAGGGCAAAUACAGUUGGGGAAUUCAGCUUCAAACUCAAUCCCACAAGCAAUGACAAUGUCAAUUCCCCAGUUUAAUUUCUCAGGGGAGAAUCACCACCACCACCACCAUCAGCACCACCAGGAGCAGCAGCAGCAGCAGUUGCAGCAUUUUCCUUUUGUUUCCGAUCAGUUGAUUCCAGUGGCUACAACGCAAGCUUCAGGUCCUAAUAGUGGGGACUAUAAUCUGAACUUUACAAUUUCUUCUUCAGGCCUUGCUGGUUUCAAUAGGGGGACCCUUCAGUCCAAUUCAUCAUCACAGUCUCUUAUAUUGCCUCAUCUUCAGAGGUUUUCAUCUUCUAAUUCUCCUUUAGAUGCCUCAACUAAUGUACCUUUCUUACUCGGUGCUGCUCCUGCUGCUUCUGCAUCACCUCCUCCACAAAUGGAGAAUCACCACCAUCAUUACCAUCAGUUUCCACCUGGAUUACACCUCUACGGCGACGGAAGCCGGCAGUCUGACCAGAAGGGCAAAGGAAAGAGAUGAACUUUUCCCAUCUUCAUCCUGGCUGCAGGAACAUGAAGAUGGAGGAAAAAGCAGCAAAAAAGGGUAAACCAAAUGCAAAUGUGGCUUCACCCUUAAACAUUAAGCUGCUGAAAAAAAGUGUUGGUGUUGAGCUUUUUCCAUUUUGAAGUCCUUCAGUUCAGUUCAGCUCUCUCUCUAUAUAUAUUUAUAAUGUAUUAAAUCAUGCGUGCCAAGGGUUGUGUGUUCUUUUCGGAGAAAUAUCGUGUCAAAACUAUUCGAUUUUCGAGUUGAUUCUUUUUCCCCAUUGUCUAUGCUAUGAUUAUUCUGCAA